GUCCGGACUCACACAUGUCUGCACAGACGCGCAUACUUGACAUUCUGCAGACGUGAGUGCUGCUCGGCCUGUUCUGCCAUGUGCGGAUCACUUCUCAGCUCACACCCGCUUCAUCACCGGCGGGGAUUUUGGGUGUCGUACCCACGGACGACAUGCUUGAUUCUUUAGAACUCUAACCCAACCUGUAUAUUCCUAUUAUUUAUCUGGACCCGUUUUGUGUUUGCCACAAGCCGAAUUAACCAGCACGGACAAUUAGGGCUGCCCAAGCGGUUGUAAGUUCCAAGUCACGCCCAGGCUGCGUCCAACCUGACAAGUUUUCCGUCAAACGGCGGGAAUUUACACGGGGUUUUGUCUCGGCGAGCCUCAGAGAGCAGAAGGAAGGGGUGUGGCCACGGCUGGGGUGACACGUCCCGGACCCGCGUAUUCGGGGGUCGUCGGGGUCGGGUUGAGGUUGUUGUUGGUGGGGUUUUUGUUUUGUUUUGGUUUUUUUGUUUGUUUGUUUUUUUUUUUUCUCGUCCCCCCCACCCCCCCAUCUCUCUUGCUUCCUCUUCCUCCGCGGCGGUGGCGAGAGCAUCCGAGUCGGUCGAGGGGGGCGGCCGGUGGGAGGAGGCAGAGAGACCGCAGCUGCCACACCGCACUGCCUCUUUUGACAGGCGCGAGAGGAGCGAACCGAGCUCGCCGCUCAUGUCUACGGAUCCGUGUGAAGGUCGGGACCCCAUCGGGGAUCAAGCUGACGUUCGGACCGGACCGCCGGACGUCGCCCCCAUGGUGUCUGUCGCCGAAUACUAUGCCGGCAAGAACGUGCUCAUAACGGGGGCCACCGGCUUCAUGGGCAAAGUUCUGGUGGAGAAGCUCCUGCGGUGCUGCCCGGAGGUGCGGGCGCUUUUCCUGCUGGUGCGACCCAAAGCCGGCCAGUCCAUGCAGCAGCGGGUCGACGACAUGAUGAGGUGCAAGCUGUUCGACCGCGUACGGGAGGACGACCCGGGUUUCCGCCGGAAGAUCGUGCCCGUCAGCAGCGAGCUGACGCAGCCGGGCCUCGCCAUCGGCCCCGAGGACGCCGACAAGCUGGCCGCCUGCGUCAACAUCGUCUUCCACUGCGCCGCCACCAUCCGCUUCGACGAGCCGCUCAAACACGCCGUGCAGCUCAACGUGAUCGCCACGCAGCAGCUGCUGGGCCUGGCCCAGCGCAUGCGCCACCUGGAGGCCUUCAUCCACAUCUCCACCGCCUAUGCAAACUGCAACCGCAAGCACAUCGACGAGGUCAUCUACCCGCCGCCCGUCGAGCCCCGCAAGCUCAUGGAGUCCCUCGAGUGGAUGGACGACGGCAUCGUGCAGGACAUCACGCCGCGGCUCAUCGGCGACCGGCCCAACACGUACACGUACACCAAAGCGCUGGCCGAGUACGUGGUCCAGCAGGAGCAGGGCAAGCUCAAUAUCGGCAUCAUCCGGCCGUCCAUCGUGGGGGCCAGCUGGCAGGAGCCCUUCCCGGGCUGGAUCGACAACUUCAACGGGCCGAGCGGCGUCUUCAUCGCCGCCGGCAAAGGAAUCCUGCGGACCAUGUGGGCCAACAACGACGCCGUGGCCGACCUGAUCCCCGUGGACGUGGUCAUCAACCUCACGCUGGCGGCGGGCUGGUACACGGCCGUGCACAAACCCAAGACGGCUCUGGUGUACAACUGCACGACCGGCGGCAUCAACCCGUUCCACUGGGGCGAGAUAGAGCACCACGUGAUGUCAUCGUUCAAGAGGAACCCCCUGGAGCAGGCCUUCCGCCGGCCCAACGCCAACAUCACGUCCAACUAUCUCAUCUACCAGUACUGGAUCCUGGUCAGCCACAAGUUCCCCGCCCUCCUCUACGACCUCGUCCUCCGCCUGUCGGGCCAGAAGCCGCAGAUGAUGCGCAUCUUCAAUCGGCUCCACAAGGCCAUCGGACUGCUGGAGUACUUUAGCAGUCAGGAUUGGGAGUGGAACUCUGAGAAUGUCAGCAUGCUGAUGGCGCAGCUGAGCCCGGAGGACCGCAAGACUUUCAACUUUGACGUGCGCCAGCUCAACUGGCCCGAGUACAUCGAGAACUACUGCAUCGGCACCAAGAAGUACGUCCUGAACGAGGACAUGUCCGACAUUCCCGCCGCCAGGCAGCACCUGAGGAAGCUGAGGAACAUCCGCUACACCUUCAACACCGUCCUGGUGGUCUUCAUCUGGCGGGUGUUCAUCGCCCGCUCGCAGAUGGCCCGCAACAUCUGGUACUUUGUGGUCAGCCUGUGUUUCAAGUUCCUGUCGUACUUCCGGGCGUCCAGCACCCUGACCAACUGACGCCGCUCCCUCGGCGGGACUCGCACGGGACGACGCGGGUGCGCCAACCAUCAGUCAGCGUCCACAAAACCCGUCCACCCACAAAGUCUCAUUGAUUCUUGCGUUUUCCUUCUCCUAAUAUAUGCAAGCGUACGCCUUUUUCCUCGCCGCCGCCGCCACUCUGCAUACUUGCCUUCUGCUUCUGUUACUUGAAACUCGACGCGUCCGAGUCGAGAAACUUUUUUCUUUUUGUGGGACAUUUGAGUCUUGGUGGAUAUCUGCAGGUCUUCUAUUACGUGUACCUACUGCCUUUUUGAAGAUGACGACACGGGGGAAAAAAAAAGGACUUUUUUUUUUUUCCAUCCUCCCCCAAAGCCGAUCCGCCCGUCUUUCCUGCAGUUUUGAGGGCUCGUCCACACCCCCCCUUUUUGUCCUCUUUGUACUGACGAUGAGUUUACUACUUUUUCAUCUUUGUAUGCAAAGCUUAGCGUGGGAGACCUCAGCAGUGUAUGACAUUACAAAAGAGAGUGGGGAGGUGGGGGGGGGGGUUCAUUUGGCGAGCCCGGCUUUUCGCAAGACAAGCACACACGGUCAGAUCAUCUGCUUCCUUAAACGUGGGGAAAUAUUAGUGUUAAAAAAAAAAGAAAUGAACGUAAUCUAUUGUGCUCAUGCGUUCACCCAGUUCAAUCGGGAAAGGGUCGAGGGGAAAAGUCCAAUGUCUUAAGGCAUGUUCGUGUUUGCUGUGAGAAUAGCAAAGGGGGACGCAUAUUGACCCCUGAGGGACACCAUUGCGGAUGAUUUUAUGCGAGAAAAUUGAAGCGGGAUGUUUACGUACCAGACGAACUUCAUAGUUUUGAUCGCUUUUGUGGGAAAAUAGCAAAAGGGCCUCAAACCACCGUCAAUUUGAAGAGUUUGGUGCGAGAAAAUCAAAGCCACCUGAGUAUUUGCCAGCUGAGGGACACCUUCAAAGAACACUUCCGUAUUUCCGUAAAGGGGCUGAGUACGCAUCCCUGAGUGACACCUUCGGAAGCGUCGUUAAACUCAACUGACAGGGUUAAGUUUAAAGCCUCCGACAGGACCUACCGCCUUUCUUUUUGAGUUCUUCCUUUGUACGUGUUCUUACUUUGAAAGAUGUGUAAAUAGUUAUUCUUAUAAACGACAAAAAAAAAAAAACAUUUGGGACAUGCUCUAUUCAUGUCUUACUAAACGCAAACAGUGUUGUUGACUCAACGCGUAACAGCGACGAGCCAUUAGGAGUCUGGGAGAGGAAAAGGGGGGACAAAAAGCAAAACUUUAUGCAACGUCUGUUUUCUGUGUUCCGAUGCGAGCGCCCUCUUCAUCUUCCAAAGAGGAUCAUGAGCCAAAACGUCGUCAGAGGAGCGCCGGAGGCCAAACUACUGUUAAGGACGACAACCGCCAAAAAAACAACAAAAAAGUGACCGACGACUUUAUCGAGCUCCACCAAGAUGUCAUAUUCACCAGCGUCUGUUGUUCCAUGCUUCAUUCAGUGUGAAAUAAACCAGACGAGAGUGCGCAUA